GACAUCCGGAACACGGUGGGGAACAUUCCCAUGGAAUGGUACCAGGAUUUCCCGCACAUCGGGUACGACCUGGACGGGAAGAGGAUCUACAAACCCCUGCGGAGCAAGGACGAGCUGGACCUCUUCCUGGAAAAGAUGGAAAACCCGGAAUACUGGCGCACGGUGCAGGACCGGCAGACGGGGGCGGAGGUGGCUCUGUCCGAGGAGCAGCUGGAGCUGGUGCAGCGCCUGCAGCGGGGACACUUCGGCGACGUCAACUUCGACCCCUACGAGCCGUCCGUGGAUUUCUUCAGCCACGAGGUGCGGAUCCACCCGGUGACCAACCGGCCCGCGGACAAACGGAGCUUCAUCCCUUCCCUGGUGGAGAAGGAAAAGGUCUCCAAGCUGGUCCACGCCAUCAAGAUGGGCUGGAUCCAGCCCCGGAAGCCCAAGGAGAACAUUCCCACUUUUUACGACCUGUGGGCGCGGGAGGAUCCCAACUCCGUGCUGGGCCGGCACAAGAUGCACCUCCCAUUCCCCCAUUCCCCCAUCCCCAUCUCCCCAUUAUCCCACCCCCCCCCAAUCCCCGGGAUCCCUCUCCCGGCAUUCCCGCAGAGGCUGGCCUGGGAGCAGCAGGAUCCGUCGGAGCGGCGCCUGAGCUUCCUCCCGCGGCGAUUCCCGAGCCUGCGCGCCGUUCCCGCCUACUCCCGCUUCAUCCACGAGCGCUUCGAGCGCUGCCUCGACCUCUACCUCUGCCCCCGACAGCGCAAGAUGAGGGUCAACGUGGAUCCCGAGGAUCUCAUUCCCAAACUUCCCAGGCCGAGGGAUCUGCAGCCCUUCCCGACCACACAGGCACUGAUUUACCGUGGCCAUUCCAACCUGGUGCGGACCCUGAGCGUCUCCCCCAGCGGGCAGUGGUUGGUGUCAGGCUCCGACGACGGCACGGUGCGUUUCUGGGAGGUGAGCACGGCGCGCUGCCUGCGCACGCUUCCCGUCGGAUCCGUGGUCAAGAGCGUGGCCUGGAACCCCAACCCCUCCAUCUGCCUGGUGGCCGUGGCCGUGGAUGAGCAGGUGCUCCUGGUGAAUCCGGGCCUCGGGGACUGGCUGCUGGUGGCAGCCACGGAUCAGCUCCUGGAUUCCUGGGAAGCUCCGGAGGAGGAGCGGGUCCAGCCGGUGCGGUGGAUCCCGGCCAGCCCCGAGGAGCGCGGGAAGGGGAUCCGGCUGCUGGUGCAGCACGGCAAGCUGGUGACGCAGGUGACGUGGCACGGCAAGGGCGAUUACUGGGCCUCGGUGGUGCGGAACCCCGGCAGCCGGCAGGUGCUGAUCCACCAGAGCAGCCGGCGCUGGAGCCAGGAUCCCUUCCGGAAGAGCCCGGGAAUGAUCCAGUGCGUGCAGUUCCACCCGCUCCGGCCCUACUUCCUGGUGGCUUCCCAACGAUCCGUGCGCGUCUACAACCUGCUCCGCCAGGAGCUCACCAAGAAACUCCAGAGCAACUGCCAGUGGAUCUCCAGCAUGGCCGUGCACCCCGGAGGGGACAACGUGAUCUGCGGGAGCUACGACAGCAAGGUGGCCUGGUUUGACCUGGACCUGUCCACGCGGCCCUACCGGCUGCUGCGGUGA